UCUGGAAUAUAAAAGAAAUAAUCUUUUAGGCACACGCAUUCUAUAAAUUUCAUAAGAAUAAAUACAAUCAAGUGCAAACAUACAGCAGUAAAUAAAACCAGAAGGAAGAAAGAAAGAGCGACAGAGUAAUACAUUGCGAGAGCAGGACCGUAAACCAAAGAAUCUACCAUUUUUUUUCUAUUAAUCAUUCAUCGAAUAACAAUAAUCUCUCGUCAAGUGAAAUAAUAGUGAGACACACACACACACACACACACACACACCGAUUCCUUCGUCAGAGCCAGAUUAAUUAAGCGAGCCGGCAUACAGUUUUGUAGAGGUUUAUAGAAAUAGCCGUAAAAUAUAAGUGCAUUUUUUAAACUGGACGUGUCACGUGACAGAUUUUCGCCAAGCGAAAGGAAGAAGAAGACAAAGGGAGGAAUCAACUUCAAUCAAAGGAUUCGAUUAAACACUCCCAGAGUAACCGAUCUACUUCAGUUCGUAGCCUAAACCUGUUGAGUACAAAACGACACAGAGUUAAAGAUAUAGAUAGACAGAGAAACGAAGAGAAAGAGAGAAGAAGAACGAGAGAACAAAAGCGUAAUAUUGAAGAAUAGAUCAUUACCUGGAAAAUUAUGUGCGACUGAAACACACGGGCUAUUUCCAGACAAGUGUAACUAUUCCGGAAUCUACUUUGAGAUAAGGAUUUGCGCGAAUAUCGCGAAUGCCGAUCAUAAACGACCUUCCGUCGUUAUCAAAGAAAUCGGACCUCUAGGAUCCGAUUCAACAAAUUAAUGGAAAUCAGAGUGCGAUCAGAGUCGAUCGAGAAAGGCGCCAAUGUCGCGUACAAGAAUUUCAUUGAUUAUCCGUUCGAAAAAAAGUAGAUAAUCUCGAGCCUUCGUAUUGAAAAAGGAUAAGCAUCCAGCGAGAGGGAUUCUCGGGAGGUUGCAGGAAGAGGAUCACCACCAAGUGGGCACGCGAAACUCGCCAACCGGGUGGAGGCGUUAAAGUCGCGAUGACGUGGCGAGGAAGAUGAGCGCCGAGGUGACGAAGGAGGUCGUCGCCACCGAGAGGGUCCCGACGAGCCCUCCGGCGGCGGUUGCGACCUCACCGGGCACGGUCGGCACCGGCGACCUGACGGCGCGGCAUCUGCCGCCCUUCAGCAGCUUCGCCGGCGAUAACACGAUGGACACCUCGACGCUGCCACCGCUCCAUACUCAAGAUGUUGGGCCAAAUCUGAUAGGUUGGGACUACUACGAAGGCCUGACUGGCCGACUAAUCGAUGUGGUCCCGGCGAGCCAGUAUAGACCUUGGGAGUCCAAAGGUGGCGGCCCGGAGGGACUGCCUAGCUUCGCAAGUCAGUUCACCGCCCCGAGCGAAUCUGAACCUCAAUUAACGGCGUUGACGCCGUUGUCACCAGCGUCUAUUUCACAUUCGCCACCGGUUACGUCAGCCGUGGGCCUGCCAAGUUUCCACACACUUGGAGCACCGCUUCCGACGCCGCAUCCGCAUCGUGGAUCGGUCGGUUAUCCUCUGGUACCGGCACCAGUAGCAGCUCGGGACGUCUCGACUAUACAGCAGCAGAUGCUCGACGAACGUCACAUACAGCUCUUGGGCUCCGGCCAAGUCCAAGCGUUUCCGCCACCUCCACCGGGUCAUCCGCAUCAUACAGUGCUGACGGUAGUAAAGCCCGAAUACGCGCAAUUGCACCACGCGAAUUUCCAAAAUCCGAUAUCAACCGUGUUGGACUCCUCGCCGACUUCACGGCCGAUUGGCAUCGAUGGACGUAAAAAGGAGCGCAGAAAAAUCCGUGCUGGUUCCAUGGAAUCGGAAGAUGGUGGCGGGGGUGGGGGCGGCGGUGGUGGUGGUGCUGGUACCGGCAACGUAGAAAGUUCUGGUCAGGUAGCCGCCGUCUCAUCCACCGCGAAUCGUGGCGUGCACCAUCUCGGUGGAGGUAUAACCGACGGCGACGGUGAUGGUGGCCUUGGCGACAAGCCGGCGAAGAAAAAACGGAAGAGAUGCGGCGAGUGCAUAGGCUGCCAGCGCAAGGACAAUUGCGGGGAUUGUGCGCCAUGCAGAAACGAUAAAAGUCAUCAGAUCUGUAAGAUGAGGAGAUGCGAGAAGCUCACGGAGAAGAAGCACCUGUACCACCUGCAGACCGGCGAAGGGGCGUUCCGAGAACGCGGGAGGGGACGAGGCAAAGGCGCCACGAGGAAUUACCGGAAAAUCGCACGGCAGGUUAGCACACCUGAUAGCGCACCAGCUGGUCUCGGCAGCCCGCAGGGUGGUAUUGGCGGUUUACAGCAACAGCACCAACAACAAACGCAACAAUCUUUGCACCAGCCUGAUCCCAUGCAGCAAACCAAGGACAAUCUCAAUCCCGCGGCGAACCAACAAACGGGCGCCCUCAGAAACGGCAACCCGCCACCACCUGUCGUAUCCAUGUCACCCGGAGUAAUGCCGUUUUACGGUGAUUCCGGCGCCGGUUUCCGUCCCACAGCUGGAUUUGGAAAUACGGUUUGGCAUCAGGGAGUCGGACCAGUUGGCACAGUAGCGGUCGAAACAUCACCAGCACCGUGGCCACCUCAGCAAUUCAUUCAGCAGAUUCCCGCACCAAAUCAACUCGAAGAGUUGAGGUAUCAUCCUCAGUAUGGAGGCGCAACACCUUAUCAUCCUCAAGCAGUUCCGUAUCAGCAACAAACAUUUAUAACGACGGACCAAUCUGCGUUUCAACGAGCUGGAACGACGGGACAGUACACCAUCACGGGGCAACCUUCACCGUUGACCCCUGUCGGAGGACAGGCAGUGGUUUCGACACCUCAGAGGCAGUUGAAUGGACAAUUUGUAGAUCCCUCGGCUACCACUAAUCAAUCAGUUGCUUACGAGCGACAAGACUAUGUAAAUGGCUAUCAACAACAAGACGUGACAAUGGCGCCGCCUCCGUCGACAACUCCGACGAGUCGCAGCAGCUCAGUGCAUAUGGACAGUCAGCAACAACCACAAGGAGGUCCGCAGCAGCCAUCGCAGCAGCAGCAACAGCAGCAGCAGCAACAAACUGCCGCGGAUACUCAAGUAAAGGGAUUUGCGACGAUCGCCGCUACUAACGUGUCGGGAAACGAGAUGCCUGGGUAUCCACUUCAACCGGACCCACAGAGUUUACACAACUCUAACGGGUAUCCAGGCUAUGUGGAAAUGGGUCAACAAUCAACGCAGAAUCAAUGGCAAAUGGUUUCGCAGCAACAACAUCAACAAACACAAAUGCAACAACAAUCGGUGAUCGACAAUAAUCAACAGCAUGUAUGGUCAGACACAAGUGGAAAAAUGAGCAGUAGUGUCAACAGCAACAUGAAUUGGCAGGAAAGAGCGAUGCAACAGUCACAGAAACCUCCACACCAACAGCAACAAAAUAUGCAAGGCAACAUGAAGUCUCAGGUGGAACAGCAACAAACUACUCAAAUACAAUCACAGGAACUGCCAAGACCAGCGAGUCACAUGAGCUGGGAGACUGGAAGCGUGAAGGAACCUCAAACGCCACAAUCGUGGUCCGAAAACGCCGACAACCAGCAACAACAAACUCAGGGAAACUGGUCGCAACAGAGUCCAAAGCUAAGGGAUCCACAAAACUCACGGUUGACGCCAUCCAAUCAGCAACCGUCUCAACAUCAGACCUGGCUGCAGCACUCUCCGAAACUGUCAGACCACCAACACAGUAAUGCUCAACAAAAUGCGAGGAUGACGCCAUCUGGCCAACGUAGCUGGCAGCAAAAUAGUCCGGAAAUGCAAGGAUCUCAACAGAAUCCGAGAUUGACGCCUUCCGGACAGCAGAUGCAACAACAGCAGUGGCCGCAGCAGACCAAGGUGGAGCAGAAUCCCAGACUCACACCGUCCAAUCAAAUAUCGUGGCCUGACACGCCGACUAGUCAACCGAAUUGGUCACCAAAUAGCAUAAAAAGUGAUAAUAGUCAACAGCCACAGCAACAAUGGCAAGAUUCGCAGCCCAGUCCUAGACGGACUCCGAGUCAUCAAUGGCAAAAUCAGCUGUCACAAGAAAAUAAACUGGACAGUCAAAUGUCUUGGUCGCCUGUAAGUUCUGUAUCGGAAACUCAACCGACUUGGGGACAACAGACGACAAAGCAAGACAUGCAAAACUCAGGAGAGAGAAUUGCAUGGCAACAACAAACAACAGUAGAUACUAGUAAACCGAACGGAUUUCCGGAAAAUCAAGAUAAUUCGGAAAGCCAUGUUUAUGCUCAAUCCAAUCGAGUAAAUCUUAAUAGCCGAUUGAAAUCGAUGAUUUUGAAUAAGCAGCAGCAGCAGCAGCAGCAACAACAACAACAACAACAACAACAACAACAACAGCAGCAGCAGCAACAACAGCAGCAGCAAAUACAGCAACAACAGCAAACCCAUCAACACCAUCAGAUGCAAUCACAACAUACUAAUACCAAUAAUGGAUCUUCUUCGGAAUAUCCAACGGACGAUCAAAUACGCGAUGCACAUGAAAGCAACGAGAAGAUGCAAGAAAAACGCACGGAUCAUUUUAUCAAUCAAUCAAAUAUUAUUUCGAUGACGCAAUCUAAUGAAAACUUGACCGGUAAUUUUUUAUUGCAUAGCCACCACCCUCGGGUAGAAAAUUUGCCCGACGGUGGUGGCUUAUGGGAAUGGACGGAAGGAGAACAUAAUCACAAUAAUAACGAUAUUGAUAAUAAAGAUAAUUCCGCAUUACCAGAAAAUGGAAUGACAGUUUUCGAAAAUUUUAUGAAGCUUACUACAGAAAAUAAGAGUCAAUCAUAUGACAAAGACGAAGAUCAACAUUCCUGGGAUACAGAAGGAAGAAAUGAUAAAGAUCAAGAGAUCGACGACAAGUCUUUCCAACAAAGAUUGUGCAUGGAUCAAAUUGAGGAUACGUCUUUCGAGAAGUCCCAGAAGAUAUCCAAAAAUGAUGGAAUAAAAAGCGAUAAUCUGGAUUUUUUGAAGACGACAAACGCUGCUGAUCGGAAUAUAUCUUUCCAAGAUAAAUGCGAUUCUAACCGAUUAAUUAAACAGGAGAACAUCGAAGAACAUAAUUAUGUCCACGUAUCCCAUGAUACAUCCAACAUAAUCGAGAACGAAGAGAAUCAAGAGAUUACUCGAGAUUAUAAGUUUCGCGGCGAUGGUGGACCCGCAAAGGUGUCGCCGGGUACCGGUUCGUGGUGCUGUCGAAGAGGCGGGACCGAACAGCCGACUCCUGAACACCUAAGAGACGGCUGUUGUCAGGGUCUCCAAACCAAGGAUGAAAUACUAGACGAUUCCAUGGAAAAAGCUGAAUUAAAAAAUGAAGGACCACAUAGUCCGCAUACUCCAACUACGACGACUGUGACGACAAAGUUGCAAGAUCACUUGGACAAAUUGAAGAACAAUGUCAGGACCGAAGUACCGGACUGCAACUGCUUCCCCGCCGAUAAAUGUCCGCCAGAGCCCGGUUCGUACUACACUCACCUCGGAGCGGCUGCAAGUCUGCCUGAUCUUCGGAAUGAUCUCGAACGAAGAACUGGCCUUAAGGGCGACGCGAUAAGAUUCGAAAAGGUCGUCUAUACUGGCAAAGAGGGCAAAACCACGCAAGGAUGUCCAAUGGCCAAGUGGAUCAUUCGACGAUCCGGCAUUGAUGAGAAAAUCUUAACCGUGGUAAAACAUCGUCAAGGUCAUAAGUGUCCAACCGCCUGGAUCGUUGUAGCUAUGGUUGCCUGGGAAGGAGUACCGACUCACGAAGCGGAUCGUAUCUAUACUCUCUUAAGUCACAAACUCAAUCGAUUCGGUCUUCCAACCACCAGACGGUGCGGUACCAACGAACCGCGAACGUGUGCAUGCCAAGGACUCGAUCCUGACACAUGCGGCGCCAGCUUUUCUUUUGGUUGCUCCUGGUCAAUGUACUAUAACGGCUGCAAAUAUGCCAGAAGUAAAACCGUCCGCAAAUUUCGAUUGUCUGUACGAUCGGAGGAACAAGAAGUUGAAGAGAGAAUGCAUGUUCUGGCGACGCUUUUGUCACCUUUGUAUCUUAGUCUUGCGCCAGAGGCUUUUAAUAAUCAAACUCAAUUCGAGCGGGAAGCGAGCGAAUGUCGUUUAGGAUUUAAACCAGGUCGACCUUUUUCUGGUGUUACGGCUUGCAUUGAUUUCUGUGCACACUCCCAUCGGGAUUUACACAACAUGAAUAAUGGAUGUACCGUGGUAGUUACUCUAACAAAACAUCGAACAUUAUCAAAACCCGAAGACGAACAGUUACAUGUGCUACCUCUUUACAUAAUGGAUGACACAGACGAAUUUGGUUCCAAGGAAGGUCAAGAGAAGAAGGUUCGCUCCGGUGCACUUGAAUUUUUAUCUAAAUAUCCAUGCGAGGUUCGAGUUAGAUCGGUACCUCUUCAACCGUGUAGACGUCAUGGUAAAAAAAGGAAAGAAGAUGAAUCGGAUAUUCAGACCAGCAAAAAAGAUUCAGUCAAAAUUAUGACGGAAAAAAUAACUGAUUCCGGACGUUCGGGACACGUAGAUUUUUCUAAGCUACAAUCGCAGUUAACACUGGAGAUGACACCCAUGUUCGAGGGAAUUGACGCGCAGUUGCAGAGCUCUCAGGUAUCAUCCACGGUCUUAGAUAGUCCGGUGUCCAUGUACCAAGGAUGGGGAGCAUAUCAAGGUGAGCAACAGUGGAAUCGAAACGGCUGGCUCGAACAGCGUAAAAAUAAUUGGUUGAAUUCAUGGGGAGAAUAUCCUUCAUUUGGUGGUUUAGAAAGGGACAUCAAAGUGGAUCCAGACAGUACCAGUUUAGAUGAUACUAGGCCCAGAAGUACCGUUUCUCAAGAAGAACACAGACCAGGCUCGAGGAAUCUACCCAACUCUACAGUGGAUUCAGCCAGAGGAUGUUAUGGAAGUUCACCUAGAAUUCAUCCGGUUUCACCUCGUUCGCACAUAUCAGGAGAGGUGUCUUAUAAUGUAUCACCCAGGGGCUGUACCACAACGUCUCAGGAUCCGAAAAUGGCUCCAUUAAAAGGAUUGGAACAUUCAAACAUGGAAAAUAAUUACGAUCAUCAAAUGGUUUCUGGAAUUUACGCUGCUUCUGUCAACGGACAAAAUGACUGUUCUCCCUCAAAAUUCGGCUCCCUCAAUCCAUCAUUCGGCAUGGAGAUGACACAUCGAAAUAUUCCAUCCAAGAUGAAUCAGUCGCCAGUUCAUGUACGUAAUAUAAAUCAAGAUUGUGUCACUAAUCAAUUCAGAUUAACAUCUCCUAAAUAUACGGGAGAUUUUAAUUCGCAGAAAUACCCGGAUACAAUGACACAAAAUUACAUGGAUGCUGAAAACUCUACAAAAUCGCCAUUACUGAGGCCACAAGUUGAACAAACAUUUGCAAAUAGGAUGCAACAUCUAUCUCCAUCGAAACAAAUGCAACCAUCUGUAAAUUCUAACUAUCAUAAUCAAUAUUACGAUGGUAACACGUCAAAUUUAUAUUCUUACAUGGAAAAUAGUAAUCAUAAAUCUAUGGAAACUCCAAACUCGAAUGUUUUGGGACAUAAUUCCUUGCAUUUGCCAGAACAACGAAAUGACGCGCAAUGCUCGUCGAAUGAUCAGCGAAAAUCCAUUUAUCAUGCGCACAGACAAUCGGAAGCCGAUCAAGUUUCUUACCCACAGAAUUGGAAUAUGGCGAAUUCAUGGUGUUCUAAUCAAGUCAAAAAUCCACAUCAAUUUGAUCAGCAGAUGGGCGACAAGAAGAUUUGGGUCGGUAAACUAACAAGAUCGGACCAAACUAAAACUGCCUGGGAAACGUCGUCUGAACCAUCACCAUUCCGAGUGCCAAGAGGAAGACCACCCUCGCGAACGAUAUCCAAUCAGAAUUUAUCUGCGGAACCUAAUGCUUAUCCAAAUCCUUUGACCCGAACAUUUUUAAAACCUCCAGAUUCCAAACCUAUAUUUCCGGACGCUCCAUCUAGCAACACGGCCCAAAACGGAUGUAUAUCUAAUCACUUGAAGGACAGUUGCACGGAAGAUAAAUUGCGAGAAGGAUUUUAUGAUAACAAGCAAGAAAUAUCCAAUUCGAAUUCUCUCGCAUGGACUGAUGAAGUGAAACAAGAUCUCCAUGCUAUGUCUGGUUUAAAUCACCAUACGUUUCCUCAGUACGGAUAUCCACCCUAUCCAGUGUUCGAGAAACCUUAUACGAACUCAUGGGAAGGUUACAACUAUAACCAUAAUCAAUCCCCGUAUCAAACACCGGAACAAUUCUAUCAACAACCAAAACGUGAAGGUUGCUUCCAUUCGUCUCAAUAUCCGUAUCAAGGUUUAAACCCUACGUAUCAAGGUUUGAAUUCCGGCUGGACGAGGUGGGAUACAUCGCGGUGGGAUAUUUACGGAUCGACGCCUUAUUUCCCGGUCCUGCCAGAGCCUCCUCCGAAGGCAGAACCACUUGGUGAAAUAACGGACUAUUCUGAGAAUGAGGAAUGUUUUAAAGAUCCUCAAAUGGGUGGUGUUGCGAUUGCCUUAAGCCAUGGUAGUGUACUCUUCGAAUGUGCGAAGCACGAGAUGCAUGCCACCACUGCACUGAGAAAACCCAAUCGACUCAAUCCGACUAGAAUUAGCUUGGUGUUCUAUCAACAUCGCAAUUUAAACAGAUCCAAGCACGGUUGGGAGGAAUGGGAGGAAAAGAUGCGACUGCGAAAAUUGGGUAUCACAACAUCAACUAGCAAUGCGUCCGUGUCGACAACCAAUCCAUCGACUCCAACUACCGCAACAAGUCCUGGUAGUACAACAAACGAAAAAAUGACGCCACUUCCACCACUUUCGCACAUUCCAAAUGUCCCCAGUUCACAGUUCAUGAUGAGAUCACCUACUUACACCACGAUGACUUGGACUUCCCAAUGCAUCCAUGUAUGAUAACUGGACCAUACCAAGAAGGUGGUGCGAUUGGAUGAGUCGAGGUUGGACGAUACAGCUUCGAUCGUCGAUGACCGAAGCUUGUAUUGAAAUAUGCCAUCACCAAAAAUCGAAUCAGCUAUAAAGGAUUCGAGAAACAAGAUCCUGAAGAAGAAUCGCGACAAAUCCGAUCGAGGAUAAAAUGAUGAGGCGGCAACUUUACCAUGAGAGGCUUUAUAUUGUUAUUAUCGUUAUAGUUAGUUAUUCCGAAAACGAGAAACACACACUUUGCACUGCCAUUUUUCUAUUUCGAGUUUUACGCAAGAUUUAAACAUAGCGAAAAAACGUGCUUGAAAAAAAGCCUCGCCGAGUGUGAUUGCAUCACUCUUUGUUGGGGCUCGCGUUUUAUACUGACUUUUUACUGAGUUGAACUCGAAAGAGACUCUCGUAAUCGAGAUAGAGGCUGCAAAAUCGAGACAAUGGUAAUGAUCGAGGCUAUUGAUGUAUCAGGAAAGCUCCGAUGAAAGCUACGCCUUGUGAAGACUUUGAUACGAAGAUUUUCGUAUUCUGACCCUGUACACUUUAAGUAAUAUCGCUACGUAUAACGGUUUCGUGUUGGUAGAAUUGUAAUCUUACUAGCUAGUCGAAGUCUAGAUGAUGAAUCACGCGAUAUCACACGUAUACAUAAAAGCACAUAUUGAACGUAUAUGCACUUCAAGGUACCCAAGGAAACUUGCACGACAUGAUCUCAGAAUUAUCGUCACCUUUCUAGAGACUUCGUAAAAAAGUAAAAGGAAAAAAUUGGUUAAUCAUAUUCAUGUAUGUACAUGAAUAUUGCAUAAAAAUAUCGAUUAUCCAAAUUAAAUAAAAUUAAGAAAUAAAAUUAAAAAAGA